AUGGCGUCCGUACAAAAUAAAAAUAUUUUUUACAACGUGAACUUGACAAGCGAAUACGAUCCGGACAAGCGUAAAAUUGCUGUAUUGUUUGCUGACCAACCGGUACUUGCAGACGAUAAAAGAACUUUGAUAAGAGGUAUUGCGCAAAUGGCUUACGAAGAAGUUUUAGGUUAUAAUGAAGCAAACCAAAUAAAGAAGCUAUCCCAGAAUAUCUCUGACACGAAUUAUUCAAAGUGUUUUAUGCCCACGUUCAAAGGCAAAAAAAUAAAGGCUCCGUGUUAUACUUUAAAUGAUACCUCAUACUCAUCGUGUAUGUACUCAUUAACGGAUUACACUUUUUCCCAGUAUAACAAUCUGUUGAACUAUUUGAUUUAUCACACAAAGAGAAGCAAAGAAAAAGUCGUACUUGUUGGAGUUUUAUCCAGAUCAAAUAAACCAAGUAUCAGUGUGCAUGGCCGAGUAGUCCCUUUAGAGUUUGAAAAUAUUGACGACCUUUACAAAAAUGUCCGAAGAAAAUUACGCCAGUGGUUUGAUGACAAUCCUAAUCCUCGUAUUUAUCCACUUUAUUAA